UGUACAUAAAACGCACAUGUUACAGAUUAAAAAAAAAAUUGUUUUUUUUUUUUUUUGCUUGAAGAAAAAUGAUUCAAAAAGGUGAUUUAAUAAAAACUAUUGAUGAAGACGAAAAUGUUGAAAAUUUUUCAGAAGAUUCAGAUGUUGAAGUUGAAUAUCAACCAUCUAAAUUUCGUCAAAAGAAACUUACGGAUUUCAGUAAAGAAUUUCAGUUUGUGUCUUCUGUAAAGGAAUAUAAUUAUGAUACAUGGGAUGAUUUAAUGAAAUAUGUUAAGCGUAAAGCAAGAACGAAAACAGAUGAUAAGAUUGCUGAGCGUUUAAAAAAUCGUAAUCAAAAUGAAAAUGGACUAGAAAUUGAUUCUGAUGGUGAAGAGAUCGAUUUAUCCGAAGAUGAACUUAAACAUGAUGGUUUGCGUUUGAAAGAAAAAAAGCAAUCGAAACGUUCGCUAAAAAAAUUAAAAAAACUUGAAAAGGAAAAUGGCGAAAUUGUAAAAGAAGAAGAUAAAAUGGUUUUUGAAGAAGCUGAUAAUAAUGAAGAAAUCACAUCUUUUUAUCAAAUGAAUCUUUCAAGACCUUUAAUGCGGGCAAUAGGUGUUCUGGGAUAUAUUUAUCCUACACCAAUUCAAAUUGCUACAGUUCCAGUCGCUUUAUUAGGACGUGAUAUUUGCGGUUGUGCCGCAACUGGCACUGGAAAAACAGCAGCGUAUAUGCUUCCAACUUUAGAAAGACUGUUAUACAGACCUAUAAAUAACAAAACUGUAACAAGAGUUUUAGUUCUUGUUCCCACAAGAGAAUUGGGUGCCCAGGUUUAUCAAGUUUCUAAACAACUAUGUCAAUUCACAAGCAUAGAAAUAGGUUUAGCAAUCGGUGGCUUGGAUGUGAAAGCACAAGAAAAUGUUUUAAGACAGAAUCCUGAUAUUGUAAUAGCUACGCCUGGACGUUUGAUAGAUCACAUAAAAAAUACACCCAGCUUUAGUUUGGAUUCAAUUGAGGUUUUAAUUCUUGAUGAAGCGGAUCGCAUGCUGGAUGAAUAUUUUGCCGAACAAAUGAAAGAAAUCAUAGCUUCGUGUUCCAAAACACGGCAAACAAUGUUGUUUUCAGCGACAAUGACCGAGGAAGUAAAGGAUUUAGCUGCUGUAUCACUUGACAAACCUGUAAAAGUUUUUGUAAAUUCUAAUCAGACAGUUGCAUACAAUUUGCGACAAGAGUUCAUAAGAAUACGUGAAGAUAAGGAAUCCGAUCGUGAGCCGAUAUUAGCUGCUUUAAUUUGUAGAACAUUUCAUGAUCAUUGUAUGGUAUUUGUUCAAACCAAGAAACAAGCUCAUCGUUUGCACAUUCUUCUUGGGCUUUUGGGUGUGAAAGCGGGUGAAUUACAUGGAAAUUUAACCCAACAACAACGUUUAGAUUCUCUAAAAAAAUUUAAAGAGGAACAAAUUGAUAUUCUAAUAGCAACCGAUGUCGCUGCUCGUGGCUUGGAUAUAGUGGGUGUAAAAACAGUUAUAAAUUUUGUUAUGCCAAUUACUACAGAACAUUAUAUUCAUCGCGUAGGACGUACUGCAAGAGCUGGUCGAGCUGGAAUUUCGGUAUCACUAGCAGGGGAAAAAGAGCGUAAAAUAGUUAAAGAUAUUGUGAAAAAUUCUGAAAACACAGUUAAACAACGUUUUAUUCCACCAGAUAUAAUUGAAAAAUAUAGAAAAAAAGUUUAUGAAUUGGAAGCCGAAAUUCAAAACAUUCUCGAUGAAGAAGCAGCAGAACGUCAGAUGGCAAAAGCCGAACAACAAUUAUCUAAAACUGAAAGAAAAUUGAAAGGUGAACAAAAUGAAAAACGUGAUUGGUUUCAAACCAAAAUGCAACGUCUUCAAGAAAAAGAGAAAUUAUCGAUUAAUUCUGCUUUAACAACAAAUGGAAAUGUAGCUGGGCCAAAAUCAACCGUGAAAAGGAAAAAGCAACCUGAGUGGGGUGGUGAUGGUGAAGAUGGCCCACCAGUUAAUUCUUUAAAAAAACCAAAAAAAGAUACAAAACCUAAAACACCUGAGCAAUUGGCAAAAGAACGUGUUUUUAAAGAAAUGGAAAAAGUUUCGUUAGUUAGAGCUAAGAUUUCGAAACUUAAAAAUCGUCAAAGUAAAUUGAAUGCAGUCAAUGACAAAGAUAACGUUGUCAAAAAAGAUCGUGACGUGAUUAAAAAAACAAAGAAAAAAUCUAAUUUUACACAAGAUUUAACUGAUGUUACACGCGGAGGCGCGAAAAGGUUAAGAUCUGAGGCGAAUCGUCAUAUUAAAUUAGGCAAAUUGCGAGAGAAGAAAAAAACUAGUGCUGUAAAAAUUACAAACAAAGCUGGGAAAAAUAAAUUCAACAAAGGCAAAAACUUUGGAGGUCCAAGGCAUUCUAAAAAGAAGUGACGCUGUUAAAAAUUUGUAUAAAUAUUGAAAUAAAAUACACUUUUUCAA